AUGAGCCAUUCCCCGUCCGACCAGCAAGAAGCAGGGGAGCAUAUCGCUGAAUCUGCUGCGGACAGCACUUCUAACCAUGGCAGUGGCCCGGUUCAAGGUCAUCACUAUCCAGCUGUCAGCGCCUUCGACAAUGCGCACGUUCACCUCGGCGAUCGACAUUCUCAUUACUACGCUGCCACGAACAGUCAUCAGGCUAAUGGUACCGCUAGCAGCAUCGCCGAUAAACUCUUCUUUCCAGAAAUAUUUCAACGCUAUGAGACUAUUGAAGAACGCUACGGCGAUACCUUGGAUUGGAUAUUUGACCCUCCUGAGGACGAGCAGCCACCGUGCGACUCCUUCGUAGAUUGGCUGCGAGGUGGGGACUCAAUUUAUUGGGUUUCUGGCAAACCUGGGUCUGGGAAGUCCACCUUGAUGAAGUAUCUUGUUGACAAGGUUCAGAAUGGUAACUUCUUUGGCAACGAUCCACCUGUUGUGCUAUGUUGCUGGUUCUGGGAAGCUGGUCAACCAGUUCAGCAUAAUGUCUCAGGCUGCUUAAGGUCAAUUUUGUGGCAGUUGUUGCAAGAUCCAGUUUGUCAGCCAGUCGUCUCGAAGGCACUGUCUAGCCUUGAUAUUGACAAGCAUGAAUUGACGGAGCCUCGGUUACGUGCUGCUCUCAGAAGCGCCCUUUACGCUGUACAGAAUAUGUCCACAACGAUUGUCAUGUUCCUGGAUGGCUUGGACGAAUGCGGGUUGGAAGGAGGAAAUCUCCUGAAAAUCGCUCGGGCCCUCAAUGAGGAAUUCACUUGUCUCAAGAUCUGUAUCUCUAGUCGACCGGAGCAAGUUUACAAGGAUGCCUUCUUGAGUAAUCCCAAACUGUUGUUGCAAGAUUUGAACAAGGGUGAUAUCGAUGAAUACAUCACCCAGGAGUUUCUGUCUGACCCAACGGUCGAAAAAUUGCUACAAGGUAAACAUGUGAACACUCUUGACGACUUGAGAUGGUCUUUGCAGGACAAGGCUGAAGGCGUCUUUCUCUGGGUUCGACUUGCUGUCAACAGCCUCCUCCGCGGCAUCAGUCACCGGGACUCACUCGAAACAUUACAAGAACGCCUUAGAGAUCUCCCUAGCGAUCUGGACAAUCUGUACACAGUCAUGCUUGCUCGCGCAGGAAGUGACACGAAGUACUAUGAGUCUCAAGCUGCACUGUAUUUCGAGCUUAUCAUUCAUAAAGAGAUGACACUAGACCAGUUCGCUGUGGCGAUCAACGAGAGCUUUAGGGAACGUUGCUUCGACGGUCAGCUGGAUUGGGAUGACAGCGUCCUACGAGAAGAGCUUGGUGGAGAAGACCUAGCUGCUUGGAUCAAUGUUCGCACCAGUGGUCUGCUGGAAGUAAAAGACAACCACGUUCCUGCAUUCGUGGUGACAUCCAAGCCGAAAGACUUCUUGCACAUGCUCCAACAGAGAAGGAUACUGUUCGAGGGAGGGAGAUACUUUCGGCAUGCACUACAAGUAAUGAGAUGA